CCACCAUUUCGCUGCGUAAAGUCUCCUCCCCGCGACCGCUACAUCCUGCGCCGCAACCCAGUCGCUCUCCCGGUGCGCGUUCUAACUUCUUCCCGCAGACCGAGUGGUACCUCGUUGGGUACCGGGAGACAGUUCGCACCGCUGGCACCACGGAUUGAGCGCGAUCGCGCGCGGAUGACGACUCCUUCCGCGAGAAUUUAGUAAAAGAAAAUCGCUCGGAAAUUUCAGAAUAUGUGGAGGGGACCGUAAUUUCAGCAUCCUGGAAGUAGAAAGCACAGAAGAUCUGUGUCUCACACCACAGACAGGUGCAGUGUGUAACCGGAGCAGAACAGAGGGAGCGAGCUCUGGGGAGGAGGCGGCGCGGCGGCCUGCCUCUCCGGCUGUGGAUUUGCUGGGUGGCAAACCCCAGGCUGCACAGAAUGUGGCUGGGGAGUCCCCUCAGCAUGCCCCGCAGCCGGUCGCAGCUGCCCCCCGCCCAGACCCUCCGAUCACCAAUCCGUCCACCGUGCCAUUGCCGGAGAGCGACGACUCGGCACUCCUCGGCAUGGAGAGCGCCCCUCCGACGUCACUGCCCGUCACUCUCCCCGCCUGCGGCGACUCUAAGGAUGGCGUCGCAGAAGAAGUCCCUGCCGAGGAGAGCGUUGACGAAGUCGUUGCGGCUGCGAGCUCCUUGCCAACUUCCCUCACUACGGACUGUAGCUCCUCCGCUGCUCUUGCCCCAGACAGCAGCACAGUGCAAGAGUUGCAGUAUGGGCCACAAACUGAUACAGAGAAAAGCCACUCAAAUAGUGGCACAAACCAGAUUGAACCACUUAAAGAAGGUGCUGGACUUGUGGCUAUUACAGGGACAAGGGAGACACAGUCCGUCAGUUUGGAAUAUAAUAAACCAGAGACUGGAACAAAAGUGGAACUUGUUGGAAAGGAGCAGAGGGUUGGGAAUAUCAACCUACAGCCCCUAUCUCAAAUCCUUUUCACAGCCUCAUCUUCAUCUGUCCCACAAUCGACUGCUGGUUUUGAACUCCAAGACGGCACAGACCAUGGGGGCGUGGAGCAGUCUGACGGGGAUUCCCCCGUCCACGCUAAUCAAAGCAGCCAUAUACCUCCGUCGAGUGCUGCGCGGCAAGCCGAUGGUCACCAGGACUCAAAACUGUCUCCCUUCCCGUUUCCCUCUUCUGACAGCAGCGAGAUUAAACAAACUGACGCGUCAAUAUCACAGCCUCAAACCUUCACGGACAUCUCAAACGAUGCCAGAGAAAUACAGAAAUCAAACUCUGUGGAAUCAGUCGAAACAUUUAAGUGCGUUGAAGCGCUUCUUGGAACUUCUAAAACAGAAACGCAAACCCCCUCAGCUGACUUACUCGAGGCCCCAACGGCGAGAGAAACAGUUGAUGGACUGUACACUUCUGGAGACGCGAGCGCGGUGUCUAGCAGCGCAGCUGGCGAAGAAGACGGCGACGUCCAGAGGAGCUGUGAUCCCCUUGACGGCGAGCAGGUGGCGAGUAGCACAAGGGAAGAACAAACUGACACGGCCACCUCCUCGUCCGACCUCACAAUGCUGCCAGAGAGUUCUUCCUCCAACCCCUCCGCCGCCCCUCCCCUGUUUGACGGCGGCGUAGUCGUCUCACUGCCGGCGGGGCAGGUUGUUGAAGCGGACCCAUCUCACCCCUCUGACCAAGUCCCCACCACGGAGACGCCGCUGGUCGCCGACGCUCAAGAAAUCGUGGUAGUCGGAGAGGAGGCUCAUAUCGGCGAGGACUGGUCGAACAUGCACCUGAGUCAGAGCUACCUCCUCCAACGAGAGGACGGCAGCGUCUGCGAGGCUGCCGGCGUCGGCGAGCUGAGCUCUGAACCAAAGCUUUACGAGGAAAGGGUUCAGUCGGACGUGGAGUUGGACUCGCAGCCGGUGGAGGUGUACGAGUUCUGCGGCAUGGUGGAGGAGGUUGCCGAGGAAACGGUGUGCGCCAGCAGCAGCGCGCUGACGCCUCACUCUCCAGGAUACGAGGUGAACCUCUUCAACGCGUUGCUAGAACACUCUGAGGAGUUCACUGUCAAACAGGAUGUAGAGAUGCACCUUGGACCGUCGAUUCACACAAUCAAUGACACUGACGCUGUCAUCAUUACCCAGCAGCCCCUGCCUGCAUCGCACGAUGCAAAUCUCCCGAACAACAAUUCCCAUAAUUUGUCCGCACAAAACACGAGUGUAGCCGGCGUCACGCGGCAUUUGGUAUUAGACGCUAACCAAGAUGUUCACGUGCCGAACUCCAGCGAGGUUUGUUUAGUCGCUGUCACGUCCGACUCAUUCGCCGUGGAACCGGCGAGCACCAGUGCACAAGUUGUGACGACUUGUUCACAGGUCAACGCAGCAGCGUCCGGUCGGGCAGAGGCGAGCGAUUCCCCCGAAGCUCCCCACAAACAGGAAGCGGAGGGAACAGCUGCUUCAUCAUCUCUCAUAUCCCCGGUGGCCGCUGACGAGGACGCGGGGACGCCAUCGUCCAUGGCGGUUUCAGCACAUGACGUUUGUCCUGUAGAAACUCUAACGCCCUCUCUGACGGGAGUCGCCGUUGUAAGUGCCACAAAGCUCGAGGCCUGUGUUUCUUCACACGAAGGGACCAAAGAAACCGCGGCUUCGACAGAGACUCCAUCACAGAGUGUUGCCGUGCCCGCAGAAACCAAACCAGAGGCUCCCGGCACCACUCACUCCUCUAGUAUUAUCAAUCCAAAGCUGCUGCUCCUUAAACCGGGAGAUACUCCCCUCCUGAAACCUCCACCCUCCCUUUUGGCACGGGUGUCCAAGCAACAAAACGUGGCCAGCUCUCGGUCUGGCACGGCGUCUGAGGAGUGCCUUCCCCGAACCGCCUCCGCCGCAGAUUCGUUAUGUGCGUCAGCGGUUGAAAGCAGCCAGAGAGAUCAGGCGCAGUGCUCCGUCAAUAAAAGCCCCGUGACUGCAGCUCUGCCCAUCGAGGUGCAGCAGCCUGCCGUGAGCGGUAACGUCGCGUUGGUCACCACCACGAGCAAAUCUGACAAAGAGGCCUUAACUGUUACUGAAACGUCGACGAGUGAAACUGCGUCGCACGAUGUUGUCACUCCUACCCACGCCGCCCCACCUAGAGUUCUCGACACCCUGCACAUGCUCCAAGAGUCAGCGGACAGGGAAGCCAACGACACCGUCAUCAGCCAACCGGACUCCCUCUACGUGGAGGACGAGAGCGAGGACAUGGACCAGGACGAGCCGACGGGCGACGCCGAGGCCCAGGAGGUCGCCUCGGGGCAGGUCAGCAGCCCGGAGGAAGGCAGCGACGAAGAACCCGACGACGCCGACAAGAGAGAGAGCGAAGCGACGACUCCCGGCUCGCCGCACAGCAAGCAUGGACAGAGCAGCACAGACAGAAAGGAACUGUUCCUUAAGGUACGGCAGUGGAUCGCCGACAGGGUCGCGGUGAAUUCAUCUCCCGCCUCGCCCUCCACGUCCUCCUCUUACCCCAGUCCCUCGCCUGGCAGCGAUUGGUCAGCACAGCGGCGGGAGAAGUCCUCGCCCCUCCGGGGUCCUCACGGCAAGUUCGUCUCUCCCUCGACGCUCGGCGGCUACACUUCGCCCUCCUUCUCCCCGGAGCAGAGCAGCGCUCCUCCUCAGCGACCCCGCGGGGAGCGACACACGGACAUGGCGGAGCUGGCUAAACACGAAGCGGACAUCGAGCACCGGACCCAGUCGCUCAAGCGAGAGGGCUUCUGGUCAAUGAAGCGUCUGACCCGCCUGCCGGAGCCGCUGCGACCCAAAGUUCACUGGGACUACCUGUGCGAGGAGAUGCAGUGGCUCUCGGCUGAUUUUGCCCAAGAGAGGCGCUGGAAGAGAGGGGUGGCGAGGAAGGUGGUUCGAAUGGUGAUGCGACACCACGAGGAGCUGAGGCAGAAAGAAGAGAAGGCCAAGAGAGACGAACACGCCAAGAUCAGAAGAGUCGCAUCUUCGAUCGCGAAGGAAGUCCGGGCUUUCUGGAGCAGUGUAGAGAAGGUGGUGCAGUACAAGCAGCAGUCCAGGUUGGAGGAGAAGAGGAAGAAGGCACUGGACCUUCAGCUCGACUUCAUCGUUGGCCAGACGGAGAAAUACUCCGACCUCCUCAGCAAGUCGCUGGCUCCCAGCAGGCCGGCGGAACCCGUCGCCGCGACUCCCCAGAAAUCUCUGCCCGCUCCGGCUGACGAGGACGACAGGGACUUUGAGCCUCCAUGUGAGGAGGAGGAUGACGAGGAGACGAUCGAGGUGGAGGAGCAGCAGGAGGGCAACGACGCCGAGAGCCACCGGAGGGAGAUCGAGCUGCUGAAGGAGGAGGGCACGUUGCCCCUGGACCAGUUGCUCAGCACCCUCAAACUGCCACAGGAGUUGGGCUCAGAGGAAGAAUGCUCUGAUGAAACCUCUUCAUCGGUGGAGGCGGAAGAGGAAGACGGUGAAUUCACUGCCAACGACGAGGACGCUGAGGACGAGGAGGACACAAUCGACGCCCAGGAGAAGGUGGAAGGAAACGUGGAUCACGCAGAGGAACUGGACGACCUCGCAAAAGAAGGCGACAUGAGCAUGGAGGAGCUGCUGGAGAAGUACAAAGGAGCUUACGCCUCCGACUUCGAGGCCCAGUCGCCAUCGGGCUCCAAAGCGAGCUCCGACUCCGAGGUCUCCGGGGACGAGGAGGUGGAGACGGAAGAAGACGAGAGCGACGUGGAAAGCAACACUUCCUCCUCAGAUUCAGCAGGAGACAGUGCAGAAGAGGAGGAGGACAGUGAGAAGGAGGAAGAGGAGAGCGGCGAGGGAGACGAGGACGACUGUGGAGGAGAAGAAGAAGAAGGGAUGGAGCUCCUGCUGAAGGAGGGAGACAACAGCCCACCGUCAACGACCUCGCGACCAAAGAAAGAGAUCAGCCACAUUGCUGCGACAGCGGAGAGCCUGCAGCCGAAGGGCUACACGUUGGCCACGACCAAGGUCAAGACCCCCAUCCCAUUCCUGCUGCACGGCACCUUGCGAGAGUACCAGCACAUCGGACUCGACUGGCUGGUCACCAUGUACGAGAAAAAGCUAAACGGUAUCUUGGCCGAUGAGAUGGGUCUGGGCAAAACCAUCCAGACCAUCGCGCUGCUCGCUCACCUCGCCUGCGAAAAAGCUAACUGGGGCCCUCACCUCAUCAUCGUCCCCACCAGCGUGAUGUUGAACUGGGAGAUGGAGCUGAAGCGCUGGUGUCCCGGGUUUAAGAUCCUCACGUACUUCGGCAGCCAGAAAGAGAGGAAGCUAAAGAGACAGGGCUGGACGAAGCCUAACGCCUUCCACGUGUGCAUCACGUCGUACAAGCUGGUGCUGCAGGACCACCAGGCCUUCCGUCGCAAGUCUUGGCGAUACCUGAUCCUGGACGAGGCCCAGAACAUCAAGAACUUCAAGUCGCAGCGCUGGCAGAGCCUGCUGAACUUCAACAGCCACCGGCGCCUGCUGCUGACGGGAACGCCGCUGCAGAACAGCCUGAUGGAGCUGUGGUCCCUGAUGCACUUCCUCAUGCCCCACGUCUUCCAGUCCCACCGCGAGUUCAAGGAGUGGUUCUCCAACCCGCUGACGGGGAUGAUUGAGGGCAGCCAGGAGUACAACGAGGGCCUGGUCAAGCGGCUGCACAAGGUGCUGAGGCCCUUCCUGCUGCGGAGGAUCAAGGUGGACGUUGAGAAGCAGAUGCCCAAGAAGUACGAGCACGUGGUGCGGUGUCGCCUCUCCAAGAGGCAGCGCUUCCUCUACGAUGACUUCAUGGCUCAGGCCUCAACCCGGGAGACGCUGGCCAGCGGCCACUUCAUGUCCGUGAUCAACAUCCUCAUGCAACUUCGCAAAGUGUGCAACCACCCCAACCUGUUCGACCCCCGACCCAUCCAGUCCCCCUUCAUCACCAAGCCCAUCGUUUUCCACACCGCCUCUCUGGUUCAGGACGCCCUGGACGUCUCCCCUUUAAAGCGUUGCGACCUGUCGGCGUUUGACCUCAUAGGGUUGGAGAGCAGCGUGUCCCGGUACCAGGCGGACGUCUUCCUGCCGCGCCACAAGGUCAGCCGCCAACUCAUCCAGGAGAUCAUGGAGUCGCCCGAUCCCCCUCCGAGACCGAGACCUGUGCGCAUGAAGGUCAACAGGAUGUUCCAACCGCCUCCUAAAGGAGAUAACAGGUCGUACCUGCUGAUGAACAAACCCACCUGCUCCGUGCCGCCUGCUGCUCAGACCCCCCGACCCCCUCCAGUAACGGAGGUCUCCUCCGCGCCUGCACCUGCUCCUGUAGUUCAACAAGUGGUGUGCACUGUGGCGUCCGCCCCUGCUCCCCGCCCGUCUCUACAUCCUGCGGCUCAAACUGCGGUGAGAUCCAGCGCGCCCAGGCCGGUGCUGACCGUGCGGCCUCCCGCCGCUCCCUGCACAGCCAGCAUCCCCGCUCAUCCCAGUCCGAACCCCGGCAGUGUCCUGCCCCAGAGGGUUCUGCUCAGUCCAGACAUGCAGGCCAGGUUGCCCUCUGGUGAGGUAGUGAGCAUAGCUCAGCUCGCCUCCCUGGCGGGUCGACCCGUGUCUUCGUGUCAGGGCAGCAAACCCGUCACCUUCCAGCUUCAGGGCAACAAGCUGACUCUCUCCGGAGCCCAGAUCCACCACGUCCCAGCGGCUGCUCCUCGACCGGUUCAAGGUAAUGUGAUGCACCUAGUGUCCAGUGGGGUGCAGCACCAACUCAUCAGUCAGCCCGCUCAGGUGGCGGUCCAGAGCCCCGCCAACACACACACCUCCUCCACUGCCCCCCCUGCCAACCGCCUGCCUCAUAAUGCCUCCACACAAGUGGCCCCCUCCAUGGUGAGCAGCCCCGGCGUCGUGAAGAUCGUUGUGCGUCAAUCAGCAGGCAAGGAGGGCGGGCCCGUGCCCACCUUGGCAGUGGCCCCGUCCCCUCGCGUCGCUCCUCUGGCUUCCCCUUCCUCUUCCCCGCACGCCAACGCCAACGCCAACGCCAACGCAACCCCCGUCAGAAACGCUGCUCCGCUGCAAAUUGCCCAGCGCACCCCUGGUCCUGCCACCGCCCACUACACCAUAGCUCCUCCCAGACACCCCAGCUCGACCCCGAACCAGCCCCAGCCCCCCCGCCCCGUCCUCAAAGUAGUGCAGCCUCCUCCUCCGGCGUGCGUAGAGAAACCAGCUCCAGCUCCGGCGACCCCCUCGUCGUCUGCGUCCAAGUCUUCAGCAGCACCAGCACGUGACGGCGGCAGCAGCAGCAGCAGUCAAACACCUGGUACCAUGAAGUCCAGGCCGAGUACAGGGGCAAAAGCCUUCGCUCCACCCAGACGAGUGCCUCGCCCACCCCCUCGCUCCCCCUUCCACAUGUUGUGGCUGGCGGAGAGCUGCAAGCAGCAGCACAGCAGCCGACUAGACUUCAUCAUCCGAGUCAAUGAGCACCACUGCGGAGCGAAGCCCGUGUACGGCCGGGAGGUUUUGAACUUUCUGACCUUCCUGCCCGCUCCUCGCUCCUCCCCGGCCGCCCCCAGCCCCCAGGGAGACUGGGGCCGGUCGGGCCACAGCAGCUGCCUGUUCGCACAGCGGCCGAACAAGGACGACUACUGGUUCCAGAGUCGCGCCGUGAGAGCGGCCAUCCACAGCAUCGAGGAGAGGGUGGAGCUGCUCAGCGACAUCAUCGACAGGUUUACGUUCGUGAUUCCCCCCGUCGAGGCUCCUCCCAUCUCCAUGCACUGCUGCCACCCGCCCCCCUCCCUGAGCCACCAGCAGGCGGUCUUCUCCUCCAUGUUGUCCACUCAAGUCGCUCCGCUCACUCGCAGUCUCCAUCGUAUCAACUGCUACAUGAGGACACAGUUCCCGGACCUAAGGCUCAUCCAGUACGACUGUGGUAAACUGCAGACUCUCCACACUCUGCUGCGAAAGCUGAAGACGGGAGGCCACAGGGUUCUGAUCUUCACCCAGAUGACGCGCAUGUUAGAUGUGCUGGAGCAGUUCCUCAACUACCACGGACACAUCUACCUCCGCCUGGACGGCAGCACCCGUGUGGAGCAGAGACAGUCCCUCAUGGAGCGCUUCAACGCAGAUCGCCGCAUCUUCUGCUUCAUCCUGUCGACUCGCAGCGGCGGCGUGGGAGUGAACCUGACCGGGGCCGACACAGUGGUGUUUUACGACAGCGACUGGAACCCCACCAUGGACGCUCAGGCGCAGGACCGCUGUCAUCGCAUCGGCCAGACCCGAGACGUCCACAUCUACAGGCUGAUCAGUGAGCGCACGGUGGAGGAGAACAUCUUGAAGAAAGCCAACCAGAAGAGGAUGCUGGGAGAUAUGGCUAUUGAAGGAGGGAACUUCACCACGGCCUUCUUCAAACAGCAAACCAUCCGAGAGCUGUUCGACAUGAGCGAGGGGGAGAAGCGAGAGGCGGCAGUGGAGCUCUCUGUGGCGCAAGCUGAGGAAGAGGAAUCCGGCAACAAGCAGAGCACCACCAUCCUGGAACAGGCGCUGUGUCGCGCAGAGGACGAGGAGGACAUCGUGGCGGCGUCUCAGGCCAAAGCAGAGCAGGUGGCAGAGCUGGCGGAGUUCAACGAGAACAUACCACUGGAGGACGCGGGCGAACAGGAGGAGGUGGAGGAGCUCUCCAAGGCCGAGCAGGAGAUAGCCGCUCUGGUGGAACAGCUCACUCCCAUCGAACGCUACGCCAUGAACUUUCUGGAAGCCUCAUUGGAAGAUGUUUGCAAAGAAGAGUUGAAGCAAGCUGAGGAGCAAGUGGAGGCUGCCAGGAAGGGCCUGGACCAGGCCAAGGAGGAAGGCCUCAAGCUUCACGCCUCAUCCGAUGAUGACGACGACGAGUUCUUAUCGCCGGCUUCGGUGGAGCACGCUCAGCCGGCUCCUGCCCGCCGAGGACGUAAACCCAAGGACAAAGACAAGGUUUUCAUCACCUCGACGAGGACCAGUGGUCGGCUGCGCGGCGCAUCGCCCGAGCCCGAGCCUGAGCCCGCGACCCCCAGAGAAGUGCCUGAAAGACUCCGCCUUGGUCUGAGAGGACGAGGAGCUGCCAAAGACGCCGGUGCCGUGUCCACCACCCCGUCCCGCACAGACCAUCCAAAAACCUCCUCAUCGGCUAGGCUCCAAGACUCGUCCAAAUCCACCAAAGCUUUGUCACCUGCCAGAGACAACCAGACUACCAAAACCAGGACUUUAUCAAACCGCUCCCAGCCCAGUCCAGUGCCUUCCCCUCCCGCCACCUCCCCCCCUGGAGGGAAACAACAGUGUGUUGUGGAGACUGAUGGUAAGAGCUCCAGUGCAGGCCGAGAGGAAAAGGAGGGGGAGGAUGAGAGGAGGGUGUCGGAGUCAUCGCUAGAAUCCAGCUGCCCUGUGGACGCUCAGACUAAAGAUGAUGAGAGCAAAGACCACAAUGCCAUGUCUCCCCCCUCCACCAGCUCCAGAUCGCCCCGGAAGCGCCAGUCAGCUGACGGUGAAGUCCUGCGGGGCCUCGUCGAAGACUCGCCGUCAGCCAAAGUCCUGCGGAAGCUUCCGGGGAGGCUCGUCACGGUGGUGGAGGAGAAGGAGCCGAAAAGGAGGCGGCGGCGUGGUAGCGGCACAGGAGGUGGAGGUUCUUCGGAGGAGGCGACAGCAGAUGAAAACACUUCAGGACUUGUCGAUGAGGCAAACAAAGACAAUACAUCGCCAGGUCCUGACAGCAAACCUAAAGGGACCGUCCCCAAAUCCCUUCAGGACCAAGAUUCGACCCCAAACCCCUCUGUGCACCCACAGGCGGUCAGAGGUUAUCCUCCGUACUCGCCACCCCAUCAUUCUCCUGACAUGCCCGUGCUGAGAAAUCUCCCUGUACGCCGCAGAUUGGAAACUGAAUCCCGCAUGGCCGCUCAGCUGGUGGAGCAGCAGCAGCAGCAGCAUCUGGGCAGAGGACGGGGAGGAAACCAGUCCAGGAGAACCGACACGCCACUAGGCAGAGACGCCACUUCAACCUCGGCCGAGUCCUGUGGGAAUUCUCUACUGACGCCUUUGAAAAGGAAGAGGGGCCGGCCCCCCAAGUCCACCCUUAAGGUAUCUGAGCCUGACGGCACAGUGACGCCGUCACCACAGCACACCUCACCGAGCGAGGAAGGGAACCCUCCGCUCUCCCCAAAACGUAAGAGGGGUCGUCCCCGAAAGGACUCCACAACCACGCCGGAUGUGGUUAGUGAAGAACAGAACUCUAAAAAAGAGACAUACGCUGCUGAUGCGUCCGGUUCGUCAAAAACUGAAGCGGGCACAGAGCUAACGUCGCCGUCGCCCCACAAGCCGGAGAUGGUGAGGACCCCCACAGCUGAGACGGCUCAGUCUGCCACAGCUGAGGAAAAAGACACUAAGACGGAGGCUUCAGUUUCAGCCCCUGCUCUGAAUCCAGCGCAAGCCCCCACACCAGCCUCAGCUUCACCUGUACCUGCGCUCCAGGUGACCCCAGCCCUCCCGCUGGCCGCCUCCACCCAAAUCCUUAGUUCAGCUCCAGCUUCAGUUACAAGCUCACACGCAACUUCUUCCCGCGUUUCCUCUGAAUCCUCCGUCUCCCUUUCCACACCGGCCAAUGUCCCAGUCACUGCUCCACUGCCUCCUGCCAGCACAGACUCAUCAUCUCAUCCAGGUGUAACACCGGAGCUUCUAGCUUCUAAUGCUCCGACAGAAACAAAACCUUCAGCUUCUCCAACAGGACCAGACACUGGCCGGACCACCGCAGGUUCCACACCCGUUCCUACCACACCAUCCCCCACAGCAGUGACUGCCGCUCCAUCAUCAGUCCCUGCUGCUGCUGCAACAACUGCUACGACCCUAAGUGCUACACCAGCAGUCACCACUACAGUGAAACCAGCCACGACGGCUACAACUGCUGCUGCGAAUGACUCGCCACAAGCCUCUGCUCGGCCACCCACAACGACUGCUACUCCCACAUCCGCCCCGGCUGCCGGUUUGUCAACCCCAGCUACAGCUUCACCGACCGAACCGACCUCAACAUCUUCCCCCACUACAGCAACAGCCCUGACGACGACUACAGCCGGAACGGCCCAAGCAUGUCCGUCAACCUCUGGCACAACUGUGACAACAUCUAUAGUGAAGACGGUGCAAACAAGUCCAUCACACCCAUCGACAGAUCCAACAACAACAACUCCAGUAGAAACAAGCCAAUUAAACUCUACAAGUUCUCCUACAGUCCCGACCUUGUGCCCCGCCAAGUGUGACAAUGCUUCUACAACUCCACCACCAGCAACAACAACAGUCGACAAAUCUACAGUGAACACGGCUCCGCCUUCUCCAGCCCAAACAAGGACCGAUGUCACCACGACGACGACGACCAAAUUCCCAACCCAAACGGUGCAAACGGCCACACAGGCAGCAUCUCACGUCACGUCUACGGCAGCAUCUCCUGCUGCCGCUCGUCCGAGCUGCUCUCCUUCCCCAACAACAUCUGUCAGUGAUGCUAAAACCACAGAGGUGAAGACGGCUGCACUGAUUUCACCACCUGUGACAGAAAGUGAUGAAGUAACAGCACCGGCAAAAGAAGAAGAAGCUACUUCUACUUCUGCUGUAACUUUUGAAGAGACUGUCAACGUCCCGUCCCCGGUAACGACGUCUACAGACGCUCCUCAAACGGUCGCCACGACUACAUCGUCCCCAGAAAAGUCAGCUACAGUCGCUGCCACAAACACUCUCGCAACCACCCAAGUAUCCACCACCACAGCUGCUCCUGUGCCUGCAGCAGCAACCACAACUGUUUCGACGGAAACGGCAGCUCCUUCUGUGUCCAGCCCCCAAACACCCUCGGUCACUUCCCCCCAAGUACCAAACUCUGCACCCAGGAGCGUUUCCCCGGAGUCGUCCACAACGGCCCAGAGAGAAGACCCGCCCCAGAGAGAAGACCCACCCCAGAGAGAAGACCCGCCCCAGAGAGAAGACCCACCCCAGAGAGAAGACCCACCCCAGAUACCCUCAUCUUCCGCUCCCGUUUCCUCUGAGGAGCAUUCCGAGUCGAAACAGAACAUGUCUGCAUCUAAAAGCGACUCUGACACCGUGACUGAGAUGGAUGUAGACACUGUAAAGGCUGAAGGGGCGACCGGCGAGGAGGAGGAGGAGGAGGAUGACAAACAGCAGAUCUGUAAGUCUGAGCCUAAAAGGAGGAAGGUGGAGAGUUCCUCUGAGACCAAAGACGUGAAGUCGGGAAGUGAUGGAGCAGCGGGGGAAGCAAAUAACACAAAAACUACAACCACAACCUCUCAGAAAGAGGAACCUCAGCAACAAGCAGCCGAGUUAACUACUGAAGACCUGAAAGUUCUCAAACAGAAAAGGUCCCUCAGUCGCCAGAGCAGCCAGGAGUCCACUCCCUCGUCUUCACCGUCGUCUGGCGGCUCUUCAUCGACCCUCACCCGUUAUGCUCACCACAAGAGGACGUAUGAAAACCGACUUCCUGCCAAGAGGAGGCGAGUGGACGUCACCGCAGAAUCGGAGAAUGAGGAGACAAAGGACAAGGGCGGGGAUGAGGCGGAGGACGAGGAGGAUGGCGGCGAGCCUUCCUCCUCCCGGAGCAGGCGUUCCAGGUCGUCCUCUUUGUCCUCCGACUCGGACAACAGCGAGAGUGGGAAGGAGCACCGGUUGACUCGCUCGGCCAAGCGCAGGCUCCAAGAUCAAGAGAAGGAAAAGGGAAACGACGGGUCGGGAAAGAAGCCUGAAAGAAACGCAUCGAACAACGCCAACGUGUCCACGGGCGGAGAGUCUGGCAGUGACACGUCUUCCGUCAGGAUCACCAGAAAGUCCGCGGGAUCCCAGUCCUCACAAGACGGCAAGGCUCAGACGAACAACGCCCCCUCGCUGCCUCCUGAGCCUGAGGUUCUGGGGAAGAGAUGCUCGGCACUCAACGCAGCGGCCAAGCUCCUGGCAAUGAAAGGCAGAGUGGACACGCCGGGCCACACCCCCCGGAAAGAGUCCACGGCCAAGACUGCCGGCACUUCCCCGGCCUCAUCCUCUGCCUCAUCCACGGACAAGAACCAAAAGACGAAAAACAAAAGUGUACUGGCCUCUCCCCAGAGUAACUCUGUAACUCCUAACAAUAAAAGCACUGGCGGCAAACCGUCAACACCCAAUCAGGCGGGCCGGUCUGCUUCCCGCUCCACCAGACAGUGCCCCGGUUCUCUUGUUCCGCCCCUGGAUUUGGAGUACAAGAGGUCCAAGCCCGAGGACAAGGAGAGGGGCAGCAGGAAGCCGUCGAGGGGGAAGGAAGGCGAGGCUGAGGCACAGUCGUCGUCCAGGGGCCACAGCGCCUGCAGCAGCAUGAGCAGCGACGGCGAGGGCGACGGCGGCGGACGCAGCAGCAGAAGUCGCAGCAGCAGCAACAGCAGCCAGCGCACCCACAGCGUCAGCUCUCAGAACACGGAGCACAGGGAGUCCCGCUCGCGCGGCACUUCCUCCGGCAGCGAGCGGGACCGCAGCUCGGAUCGGGCCAAGGGCCGGGACAAGAAAGACGAGCGGCGCGCGGAGAGCAGCCGGAGGUCGCAGAGGCUCUCGCAGGAGCUGACCAGCGGCUCGGGGGCCGAGGGGACGCCGGACAGGGUGCUGCGCAGCGUCGCCGCGCUCAAAGCGGCGCAGGCCCGGUCGCCGGCCGCCAGCACGCGCUCGUCUUCUGGUCGACAUCGCCACAACAAGACAUGAUCCGAGUGGCAAAAAGGGAAAAAGGACAAAAAAAAAGCGGACGCAUGAGUGUGUUGUUGCGGAGCACGAUACGAGAGCAUGUCACGACCUCCGCGGUCGCUGCUUUGUCCGCACUCUUAAAUGAAACGAGAGGGAUCCGAGUGCUGCACGAGCCAGGGACCCCCCCCUGUCUCGUGGGCCCCCCCCCCUGCCUCGUGGGCCCUCUCCCUUUCCACUUGGAGCUGGUCCCCCCGACCACAGCCGGGGGACGAGGCCUCAGGGACGAUUGGAUUGAGAGUAAUAAAAAAAAAGGUGGUGCUGUCAAAUAGUUGCGUCUGUAAAUGGACGGGCAAACAGGUUCAGGUGGAUAAAUUCACCACCGGGGUCCGGAGAGGGCGAGUUCACAUGACGUACUGUAACCAUUAACGACUGGAACACUCAGAGCUUACAUGUUAAAAUGGGAUUAUACAGCGCCCCCUGGUGGGCUUUACACAUGAACAGUCAUUUGUGUGACAUUAAAUAAAUACAAACUUUUUGAGUGACCAGUUGUAUUGUAAGUUGGAGGUUUUAGAAGGUUUAGUUUUUUUUGACAAAAUUCGUUCGUCUGUCCUGGCUAUUGUUUCUUCACAGUCAGUCGAUAAGUUAUGCAUAUUUUAUUAUUUCUUCCAGGGUUAUUGGGAAGAGAGCAGAGCUGUCGAUGUUGAUCUAUGCUGCACUAUGCUGGAGCUUGUCUUUGCUUGGGCCCCCUCUUUAUUUUUUUUCCUCCUCCCCACGGCAACUUCUGUUUCAGUGGAUUCAAAAAAAAAUUUUUUUUAAUCCUGCCUUGCAUUUCUCACUUUUGCACAUCCGGCCACUUUGGGCGUUUUGGCUACAUCAUCGUGGUCUUGUAGGUUUUUUUUUUUUUUACAUCAACUUCAGUGAAUUAAUUGUUUCUUCACAAAGUUUUAUCUCUGCAGUUGGAAAAAAAAAUGUAUUAAUUGAAGACAAAAAUACAAAUCCUUCCCAGAGUCGGUUAUUGUCAUGUAUUUAUAUCGAAGGGGGCAAAGUAAAUGUUAUAGAAGUUAAAGAGUGCCUCUGUGGCCAAAUGGGUUUGAACCUCCGAUUGCCUUGUGACGCACCUGACGCGGGGGCGUUGAGCUUCUUAUUUAAAAAAAAAUAAAUCAAAACAAAAAAAUGUAAGAAAUCCAACCCCCUUGCUGAACAUCAAGAAAAGCACCGUGUGCAUCAGUGCUACCAAAUCAAUGUUUUACUUUCCACCUGACUUUUUUUCCUGUCACGUCACUUCAUUUGCUCUUUGUUCAUGUAAAGAAAAGAAGAAGAAAAAAUACUUGGACAAAUUAUGUGAAUAAAAUUACUGGCUACAGUUCCAGAUGACUGUAAAUUGUCGAUUUUACUUUUUUUUUGCAAAGGUUAUAUUUGGGGGGAGGGUGGGGGGGGUUAAGUGAUGGUGAUGGUCUUUAUAUUUUUUUGAUUUGUCUCAUUUGUUGCAUUCCUUUUUGAUCCCUUGUAAUUCCACAUUAUUUUACUUGAAGAUUCAAGACGAUUACAGUUGAAUAAAAAGACCAAAAACUU